UAAAAGUAUAAUAAAUGUUAGCGAGACACAAGCGCGGCGUACGGUACUAUUUGUUCGGGAGGGAGGUUGGAGGCACUCAUACAAGCGAGGGAGAGGCUGUGUCGGCGCUGCCAGCCAGUUUACCGUUGCGAGGCGCGUAGUGCGGCCGGACGCUGGACCGCCACCCGCGCGCCGCCGGCACCCCGAAGCUCUCCGCAGCCGACACGACCACCCCGGACUGUCUCGGGACAACCACCCUGUGCUCCCACGCGGACGCUUUGUCGAACACGACCCGCGUCGCCUUCCUAACUUACAGACUAAGUGCUACGACUCGUGCUUAUUUCACUGGAGUGUUAAUCCGAUUUCAGAAUAUUUAUUGGAUCGCUUCAUCAUAGGCGAAGAUAUAAAAUCGUCAGGUGUCGCAUCAAACUUAAAGAUUGUCUUCACUCCUGAGCUUCAACCACAGUCACAACAUCAUGGAUAUUUUGGUCGAUUUCAUUUACUUUGCCAAAAGUCUGGCUAAUUAAGUUCUCGACCAACAAGGAUUAGGGUUGGGGUGAAUAAUGGGAAAAAGGAACGUACGGAUCAAGUUCGCACACUCGAUUGGUCCGCCGAUUGACUCGAGCACGUUGGGCACGUCCGAGUAGCACCCCAGCCCGCGCCCCGCACUACCGCACUCUCAGUUACCGACGCUCUAGCGACUGCCAAUAAAGUACAAGUCAUACCGGGUUAUUCACUUAUUUAAAUUUAGAUAUAUUUAUUGUAGUACAAAGAUAAACUGAACACAAACAUUGCGAGCAUUCAACAUUGAUGUAGCAAACCUGACAGGAGAACGAACCGAGUAGUCGUCCUCGGUUGUAAAUGAAACGGUAGUCAUGACGGCCACUGCCCCAGAACUGUCAAAGUCGGAUUUCUUUGAUUUCGUGACAUCCAACGAGGUUACUGAUGCCCAGUACAAACAACAGAUGCGUUCUGUUAAUGUGUUCAUGGAAUCGCCCGACUCGAGGUCGAACCCACUGCUCUCAGAGGAGCCCAAAGAACAGAACAAUAAUAGUUUAUUGAGCGUGAGUGGCGCGCAGAUUGGCGCCAGCAGUGGCAUGGCCACGGCCACCACGUCCACCACACUGCAGAGCUUCGACUCUAUCUGGAACGUGGACCGCGAGCGUGAUCGCUUGGACAGCACCAUGCUGGAGGAUCUCAACAAGUUUUAUUGGAAUCAGGAAAGCGACAUUAAUGGCACGCAUCCCUGCGCAGACACUGCAAUUUCCAAUAAAUUAAUAAACAACACGGACGGACAAAUUUACACACUGACUGUACUAAAUCAUGACAUGACAGAAACCAGUUCCAACCGGUACUGGGCGAAGGAAGAAGACGUGUCUAUGUCUAGUCCAACUGAUAUAGAGACGCAUAACUCAUUAGAUCUCGAAUCCAUUUUAAAUAUGAACGGAUUUCCCAAUGACUUCAACCAAGAUUUACCAAAAGUAGAAGGUUUCACUUAUGAAGAUGGUGACUCAGAAAGCCAACAUGCGGAUUUAAGUACUAGUGAUUUAGUUAAAGUGGAACCUUACAGUUACGAAGAAGGUGAGUUUCAGACUAGUGAUAAAAAAGAUGACUCACAUAGUUCAUCCCUUCUUGUUACACCUGCCCUAUUAGAAAGUCAAGUAGAAUUCAAUAACAAUAAUAAUGAUUGGAAAAUUACGGAUCAAAAUACGGAAUCGAAUGAAUCUUUGCUCAGAAGUGCAUUACAGGGAAAAGCCUUUAUUAGAUAUAGUACUAUACAAAAAAAUCCUGCAAAAGUCGAUGUAAGUAGUGAUCUGAAACGAGACAUCACUACUAAUAACAACAAACCUGAUGUACCAUCGAUGUACCAAUCCAAGGAUCAACUGUUAAUGGCGAUUCCACCACAAAGUCGUUUAAACAUAUCGAUAUUAUUAGAAGACCCAAACAACAGCGUCGUUUCAAAUGGUGAAAACCCUUCAUCAACGCAAAGUGUAGAUGACAUUCUACUAUCACGGCUUGAUACAAAUUACCCAGAAGACUACGAAAAGUUGAAGAGGAUAGCAACGGAGCUCGGAGAAUCGAUGCAACCGUUUUGUACUGUAGAACCUAUUGACCCGACGCGUAGCGUCUAUAACAUACAUCACGUCAAUGGUGAACUGGUUACCAUGAUCCCCGCCGGGGAGGUCCAGCUAAACCAACACUUACAAAUAGUAACAGCAUCACCUACCGUGACGAGCACGAAACCUGGCAACAGGAGAUACAAGAAACCGCAGAACAAGAACCCGACGCCGACGACGCAGGCGCAGUCAGGCACGGCCAUACAAGCGGCAACCUCUACGUCUAAUGGAGUAAGGAAGGAGAGAUCUCUUCACUACUGCUCCAUCUGCUCGAAAGGCUUCAAGGACAAGUACUCGGUGAACGUGCACGUGCGGACGCACACGGGCGAGAAGCCGUUCACGUGCUCGCUGUGCGGCAAGAGCUUCCGGCAGAAGGCGCACCUCGCCAAGCACUACCAGACGCACAUCGCGCAGAAGAGCGCCGCCGCCAACGGCGCCGUCAAGCCCAACAAGCAGAGGUAACAACGCCCCGCACGCCGCCGCCGCCGCUCACACCCCAUUGAUAGUCAAUUGAACUUUAUCAUGGUGAUAUCAUAACAAAUGUAUUUUCUUAUAAUCGAUACUUAAAGGCUGAAAAUAUCACAGAUGAAUUUGGUAAGGUGCUAAUAAAGUAAUAAUUUAUAGAGAAAUAAGACAGUUACGAAAGAGAGAUGUGAAGUUCUCGGCCGUUAAUCUUAUUUGUUAAUUUGUAUGUAAUUCCGCCCGUUACCGUAUACAUGUUAGCUUUAGCUAAGAACAGAUACUUUUAAGUGUUUUACAAGAUAAUAUAAAAUCGACUUACAUUGCAUAUUUAUUAGUCAUAAAUACUAGUUUACGUUAGAAGUCAUAUUUGUAGACAACGUUUUAUGCAUUUUGGUAUAAGUAGGUAGAUAGGUUCCUUGAUGCUCAAGGCACCCCGACCCAGUCCAUAUGGCGCCGGACUGUACAUCAAACAAUAUUUGUAUAAAUUGUGGAUUAUCGACAAUGUAUUCUGCAGUAACAUCAGAUAAAUAGUGAACAAUGAUGAGCACCGCUGGUGUUAGUGGUCGUCGCAGCGCCGUAGUAAUUUCUCCCGCUGUGCGACCGACUGAACUUUCUAAAAAUAAAAAUAAAAAAAGACUAAAAGAACGAGUAUUCGGAACCCAACAUCUUUCACCGCUCAACUAUCGCAUCUCUGUACUGUGCUCCUCUCGGUUUGAACAGUGAUUUUUCUUUUUCGAGUAUGGCUACACUAUCAUUUUUCGACAUUUCUAUUUACUU